AUGUUCUUCGUGAGCACGCUAGUCGUGUUACAAGCAACUUUCUGGGCCGUUCACUCACAAAACUAUGGAAUUAUGGAUGUCUACGAUUGCGGCGAUGUCAGGAUUCAACUCGACGCCGGAUCACCUGCUGUCACCGUACAGGCCCCGCCGGCCACCAGCGGCACUAGCGCUUGCCUUGCCAACCUAACUUGCACCUGGCUGGUCACCAGCGAGCCAGGCUCCACCGUCUACGUCCAGAUCCUGAAGCACCACCCCAGACAGACCUCCUUCGGCUUCGACCCUGCAAACCAAGACGAGGUGCAGAUAGGGGUGGGCAAAGACCCGUCCAACUCCACUACCCUGUCCAGGAUCAGACUGCAUCAGGUGCCGCAGCUCGACGACGGAAGGGUCUAUUUUGUCAACAGCAGUUUGGCCUGGGUAAAGGUCACGGCGCAUGCACGAGGACCUCCUUCGUGCGUCCAAUUCGAAUUGAUGUUCACCCAGCGGGAAAAACCAGGUAUUUGCGAAGGGAAUACCGUCCUGUGUUCUUACUCCUCGGUGUGUCUGCCUGCCUCGUCCUAUUGCGACUCCCACGUGGACUGCGGUGACUUCUCGGACCAAAUCGACUGUGAGAUGUGUGGAAACACGACGAUCCCACCGCUGACACCAGGCGUCCCACACGUCAUAGUCUACGCCGCAUCGUGGACGCCUACAUCUUCUAACCGACUGAAUCCUCCACACACCGACUGUUUCUGGCUGAUCAGGGCUCCUAACGGCACAAUCGUCGAGAUCAACGUCCUUGCCAACAAUAAGGUCGGCCCCGCCAUUUCUCUUGGCGUCGGAGAGGGGGGUGUCACGGAAGCCUCGGAGUUAUUGUUUAGCCUGGGUGCUGGAGCUCUACAGAUCCUCUACACAAAUGAGACCAACCUCUGGAUGCUGACAAACAUAUCACCGGUUAACUACUACAGAAGGGCUGUUUUUGAGGUCAAACUUACUGCGUUCAUAAAACAAGAUUGUAAACCAGAUGAAUUCCAGUGCCGGAACCAGAAGUGUGUAGCGGCACAUAGACUUUGUGAUGGCGUACCGGACUGUCAAGUGAUGGAGGACGAAUACGGCUGUGAACCUCCUUGUUUCGGUCAAGAAGCAUUCAAGUGUCCAUUGCACGACGAGUGCGUGAGCUCAAAAGAUGUUUGCAGUGGGAAGAAUCAAUGCUGGUAUUCCUGGGACGAGCUCGACUGCGGUCGAUGCGGCGGUUUACACAUCAGCCUGACCCCAAAUGAAACAUUCAACCUCAGCCAGACGAUCGACACCUCAGUGGAGUGCAUCUGGCUGGUGUCCGCUUCUACCAACAACUCAAGGAUCCGGGUGGAAAUCUUGGACUUGCCCAUUUACGAAUUUUAUUCAGACUGGACCCCUGACGUAUAUGCCGGUCUCUUUUUUGGCAAUGGGCACGAACCUUCCCCAACCACACGAACUCACUACUUCACAUCGAUAAGGUAUCUGGGGACUAUCAGCUUUGAAGGCCCUCACUUCUGGAUCUUGCUAAAUAAGCGUUCACAAACUUUAAACAGCCCUGGCCGCCACUACGUUAGACUCAGCAUCACGGAGUAUUACGAAAAAGAAUGUGGUUCCAACGAGUAUUCCUGCUUACCGGGGAAUCUCUGUAUCAAUGCAAGCAAAGUUUGCGACGGGAAGCCGGACUGUCCGGAAUACGACGAUGAGUUCCACUGUGGUGUCUGUGGAAUUGGCAAUUUUAGUUGCGGCGAUGGAACAUGUCUGCAAGAGAUGCAUAUGUGUGAUGGCGGAAAUCAGUGCUCUGAUGGUUCAGACGAGCAAAAAUGCGAACCUUGUGGUGAGCUCAUCAUCGACCUUACAUCCAGCCCCCGUUCACUCACGUCGAUCGGGUACCCCAGCUCCUAUCCUUCCAAUUCGAUGUGCUACUGGCACCUGAAAGCGGACCCAGGCUAUGACGCUCUGGUCGUGUUCCACGACUUCUACACAGAGGAAUUCCAGGACGAGCUGUACAUGGGUAACGGCUCGAUGUGGCUGGCUAACGCAACGGGCGAGCGUUAUCCCCAGAGGGUAGCUUUAAAUUCGUACAUGUGGCUUGUGUUUGUUUCGGACUUCAUAUACAAUUAUCGAGGUUUUGAAAUCAGCGUGCUGCAAGUGGAGUCGGCUUCUUGUAGUGAGGGAGAAGUUGCCUGCAAUGGCACCGAUAUGUUGAUCUGCAUUCUGGAGACACAAGUUUGCGACAGUAGGGGCGACUGCCCAGACGCUACGGACGAGGAAUACUGUGGAGACAUAUGCGGUGAGACACUGAUCGACGUUCCACUGAACAAACUUUACGACCUGACGUCCCCACUGUACCACCUUGGGACCUACCCAGCCUUCACCGACUGUGUCUGGCAACUCCGGACGGGCACAAGCCGGGACGAGAAGAUCAUACUGGACAUCCUCGACUUCCACCUGGAGCAGAAUUUCGACUACCUCCACCUUGGGGUCGGCAACGACAGCAGUACGGAGCCGGUGACAAGCCUAACGGGGAGCACCAAGAUUCUCGGGGUGCAGUUCGAGAGCGAUCGGGUGUGGCUUCGGCUCCAGACGGACCAGCUCGUCUCGGAUAAAGGCUUCCACUUUACCUUGAAGGCUGUCGAAAAAAAGACUGUUUCCGGCUGCAAUCCACGGUGUAUGCUGCCAGAAGGCUCCGUGCUCUGCCUGCAACCCGAAGCGUUCUGUGACGGCUUUGCUGACUGCUACGACAAAAGUGAUGAGCAUGAAGCGUGUGGUAAUAUCAGUUGCGGCUCGGACCAAUACUUGUGCGCAGGCAAACGCCAGUGCAUACUACACGAGUCUCUCUGCGACGGCGAAUUGGACUGUGAGUUCGAAGAUGACGAACAUAAUUGUGAUGUUCGUGGUCGUCCCGAUGACUGCGUGGGCGCCCUCAUCGACGGGAAGCUCCAAAUCAAAUGCAACCAAGGCUGGAAUACGACUACUCUCAACCAGAUAGCUUCUAUCACUUCCAUUUUAGAGCUCACCGGGGGUAAUGCGACAACACUGGAGGAAGGCAUGUUCAAGAGAUUCCCCAAGCUUCGCACACUAUCCUUAAGGAGUAACAACAUAUCAGAAAUCAAGCUAAGUGCUUUUGCGGGACUGAGUAAUUUAACUACACUGGACCUUUCUGAAAACAACAUCGGCGAAUUGGACGGCGGAGUUUUCAGCGAACUGACAAUGCUGAAUGUAAUGGGAAUGCAACUGGUGCCACUUCAACUUAUCAGAGGCCGAGCUUUUGAAGGCUUAAAAAAUCUCCGAACAUUGAUACUAAUGACAGACGUCAGCACAGCAGGAACCAACGGUUUCUCCCAGAGAGUCUCAGCUACCAAAGUCGAAGAUGGAGCACUUACAGACCUCAUCUCACUUCAAACCGUAUACGUUGAUGACCAUCGCCUGUGCUGUGACUUCAGUUCAGUGCUUCCAGCUGAAGAAAAGUGCGUCAACACCCAGCUUCAGUCACCGCUGUUCAACUGCGGCCGGCUGAUGCCCAACACUGUCCUGCAGGUCUUUAUGUGGAUCCUGGGCUUUAGCGCCCUCAUCGGCAACCUGUUGGUCAUCGCCUGGCGGAUCCGGGAGGACAGCGGCAAGGGCAGCAAGUACGUGCACUCGUUUCUGGUGCUGAACUUGGCCAUGUCCGAUUUCCUGAUGGGAGUGUACAUGGUGAUCAUCGCCACCGUCGACGCCAUCAAGAAAGAGGAGUACUAUCUGACGGCUACGGAGUGGAGGAACAGCGCCCUCUGUAAGGCAGCAGGGGUCAUUUCAGUGUUGUCCUCGGAAGCCUCCGUGUUCUUCAUCACCCUGAUCAGUGUGGAUCGCUACCUGUGCAUCGUCCAUCCGUUCAGCCGACUUCGCCUUAAAGAGAAGUCAGUCUGGGUAUCCGUAGCCUCGAUUUGGAUGGCAUCGCUGUUGGUUAGCCUUGUUCCCACUGUUCUAGUUACCGACGACUCCGACAUCUACGGGUUAUCGGAUGUCUGCAUCGGGCUGCCAUUGCUAACCCGACCUGUUGAUUACACAUUCACCAAGGCGGAUGUCGGGUCGUCUUUGGAUAACGAUACUUACCUCAUCCCGCAAGCGGUCGGUAGCCAACCCACGUGGUCCUACUCCAUUGUGCUCUUUCUCGGCGUCAACCUCGUCUGUUUCCUCCUCGUGACCAUUUGCUACGUCGCCAUCUUUGCUAAGGUCAAGAGGUCGAUCCAGCGCGUGAAGCGCCACCAGUCACGGAGGGAUGAAGAGGUCAAGAUGGCAUCCAAGAUGGCCGUCAUCGUUGGUUCCGAUUUCCUCUGCUGGAUGCCUGUCAUUAUUCUUGGCAUCCUGUCCCAGACCAACCUGAUUGAAAUCCAGCCUGAUGCCUACGCCUGGUUGGUCGUCUUCGUCCUGCCCAUCAACUCCUCCCUCAAUCCUUACCUGUACACCAUCGUGACAGCUGUCAGCCGCAGACGUCACGAAGCCAACUCCACAUCAUCAAAGAACUCAACACACAAGCCCAAAGUCUGCAGCAUUCCCCACAUAUCGCUGGAGUAUAGGGGAGAGUCAACCCUCACCACCAUGACUGCGCCUGACAGUUUUGUCUACUUGGGAUAUGACCCAAACGAUCCGAAGAAUAGUGGAAUGUAAUCUAUAGGCAGCAUAGAGAGCUCUGUCACUUGUUAACAUGAGAACGUACAUUAGCAUAGUGUUAGAACUGAAAUGUAUUGAAGCAAAGUAAACAUGACGUCGGAGACGGACAGCCACGGAUUUUGCAGAAACCUUAAAAACACCAAUAAAACACUAAAACAAAAGUAAAUACAAAGCAUGUUUCAUCAUGCAUAUAGUUCAUGAAAAAGGUUUUGCUUAACAUCAAUACUACAUUGGGAAUUCUAUUCUAGAGAAAGUUAAUCAUCAUCCCUUCCUGGGAGUUGAACUAUCUAAGAAUGUAUCCAGGAGUUAACACAUCACCCACCAGCAUCAUAGGACUCUUGAGGUGGAACCUCUGGAAUUGUUCAUCUAACACCAUCGCCUUUAAAACACUUGUCAGACCAAGACUUGAACAUUGCAGCCCAAUUUGGGGCCCUCACCAGAAAGUUUAUUUUGAAAAUUGGGCAAAACGUUUUAAGGAGGGCACCAAGAUUCAUUAAAAGUACCGGGGUGCACGGCGGCAUCACCGACUUACUUCACGACAUGACCUGGGAAUCACUACAAAUCAGACGGGAAAAGGCUCGGCUUAUGAUGAUCUACAACAAGACUUAUUAUCACCCCAUCAAAUCAGACAAUCUUCUUCUUAUCAAGAAUAACACAUCAUCCAAACCAACAACUCGUACAUCAGCCUGAGACACACGAACUCAAUUACGAAGUUAUCCGGUCGAACAAAGACUGCUACAUCUAUUUAUUACACCCAAGAACUAUUCCAGUUUGGAAAGCACUCCACCCUCGCACCAAAGAAGAAAAUGAUGAAGCCACAUUUAAUUGCCCGAUCAACGGGCUGUUGAAAAAGGAGGUACUUAGGCGACGUAUGAUAUGGACUUUACGUUGAUAGAGACCUGAGGCGAUGUGCUAAGUACCAGACAAGACCAGACAUGACGAGGAAAAUGUCUUAUAUUUUACUCACUUCUCCUACCAACGAAACGGAACUUACUUGACUAUCAGUAAUAUUCUUAGAAUAGAUUGCUAGGUCAUUUAAAGCUUAAUUUAUUGAUAAAAACGAUUUGCAUAUAGUAGGUUUCAAGUAGCGCAUACAACUUCAUAAAAAAAUGUAUAUACAUAAACAAAACAUGUUAAAAUGUGAAAAGGUGGAGAUUGUAAAUGUAUAUUUUACUCUAUUGAUGUUGUUUGUUUGUGUGCUCAACCGCGCUGACCAUUCGCGCAAAAAGGAGCGUUGUAACAGUGCUCUCAGCCUUUUGAUUUUUAAAAAAAUUAGGGCAAGGUUGAAAAACUAAAAUUUCCUUUCCUUCAAAAAUUAAUGAUAACUCGAUGUAAUAAUAUGUUCCUUUUCUGUUAUUCCUUUUGCACAACAUACUGUAAAUAGGAGAUGUAUCUACAUUUAAUUUGAACGUAUACAAAUU